AUGGGGAAGCUUGACGACAAAGUGGCUCUCAUCAUUGGUGGAUCGGAUGGCAUUGGAUUCUCGAUAGCCGAACUAUUUGUUGCGGAAGGGGCUCAUGUGUUUAUUACCGGACGACGACAAUCAGCACUUGAUGAAGCGAUCAAAAAGAUCAAUAUAAACGAGAAAUUAACUGCAAUACAAGCGGAUUGUUCCAUCAUGGCCGAUAUUGGCAAAAUAUACGAACAGAUUAAACAAGACAAAGGUCACUUGGACAUUCUAGUUGCUAAUGCAGCUCUUGCUGAGUUUGUUCCGCUGGGUUCGAUCACCGAGCAACAUUUCGAUGAAACGUUCAAUACAAACGUCAAAGGAGUUCUAUUCAAUGUUCAAGCAGCAUUGCCAAUUUUUACCGACGGUGGUUCAAUCAUUAUCCUUGGAUCAGUUGCCGGUUGCAAAGCAGCACCAGCUUUCAGUGUUUAUAGUGCAACAAAGGCAGCUCUACGCUCAUUCACUCGUAGUUGGUGUGUCGAUCUGAAGGACCGCAAGAUUCGCGUGAAUACUCUCAGUCCGGGUCCUGUUAAUACCCCAGCCAUCAGAGAACAAACGGAAGAAAUCAAGAAUUUUGUCAAAUCUAAACCGGUCAUGGGUCGCAUCGGAGAACCUGAAGAGGUGGCUAAGGCUGCCCUUUUUCUUGCAUCGAACGAGGAUAGUAGUUAUAUUACGGGAAUUGAACUUUUUGUUGAUGGUGGUACGGCACAAAUUUAA